CUGCCGUCGCGCGGCACAGCCGCUGCCGGUGCCGGCGCGCUGAGUGCCCGCCAAGGCUGCCCUACGGCGGUCGGUCGGCCGCAAGCUCCCGGCCAUCAUGCAGAAGAGCGUGCGGUAUAACGAGGGGCACGCCCUAUACCUAGCCUUGUUGGCCCGCAAGGAAGGCACCAAGAGGGGUUACCUGAGCAAAAAGACAGCGGAGACCAACCGCUGGCACGAGAAGUGGUUCGCCCUCUACCAAAACGUGCUUUUCUACUUCGAGGGAGAGCAGAGCGCCCGGCCCGCUGGCAUGUACAUGCUGGAGGGUUGCAACUGCGAGAGAGUGCCGGCUCCCAAGGGCUGCGCCGCCGGCAGCGCCAAGGAUGCCGCACUGGACAAGCAGCAUUACUUUACUGUUCUUUUUGGCCAUGAAGGGCAAAAGCCACUGGAGCUCCGUUGUGAGGAUGAAGUUGAUGGAGAUGAAUGGGUAGAAGCUAUUCAUCAAGCUAGUUAUUCAGAUAUUCUGAUAGAAAGGGAGGUGUUAAUGCAGAAGUACAUUCACCUCGUGCAGAUUGUGGAGACUGAGAAGAUUGCAGCCAACCAGCUUCGACAUCAGCUUGAGGAUCAAGACACAGAAAUUGAAAGGCUUAAAUCUGAGAUUGUAGCUCUCAAUAAAACAAAAGAAAGGAUGAGACCUUAUCAAGGCAACCAGGAAGAUGAGGAUCCAGAUAUUAAAAAAAUUAAAAAGGUUCAGAGUUUUAUGCGGGGAUGGUUAUGUAGAAGGAAAUGGAAGACUAUUGUCCAAGAUUAUAUUUGUUCUCCCCAUGCAGAAAGUAUGAGAAAAAGGAAUCAGAUAGUUUUUAACAUGGUGGAGGCUGAAUCUGAAUAUGUGCAUCAACUUUAUGUCCUUGUGAACUGUUUUCUGCGUCCCUUAAGGAUGGCUGCAAGUUCAAAGAAGCCACCUAUCAGUCACGAUGAUGUCAGCAGUAUUUUUCUCAACAGUGAAACAAUCAUGUUUCUCCAUGAGAUAUUUCAUCAAGGCUUAAAAGCAAGAAUAGCUAAUUGGCCUACUUUAAUCCUAGCUGACUUAUUUGACAUUCUGCUGCCAAUGCUGAACAUAUAUCAAGAAUUUGUUCGGAAUCAUCAGUAUAGUCUGCAAGUACUGGCAAACUGUAAACAAAACAGAGAUUUUGACAAACUGUUGAAGCAAUAUGAAGCCAACCCAGCAUGUGAGGGGCGAAUGCUGGAAACUUUCCUUACUUACCCCAUGUUUCAGAUUCCUAGAUAUAUUAUAACACUUCAUGAACUUCUGGCUCACACACCACAUGAACAUAUUGAGCGGAAAAGCCUUGAAUUUGCUAAAUCUAAACUAGAAGAACUUUCAAGAGUGAUGCAUGAUGAAGUGAGCGACACAGAAAACAUCCGGAAGAAUCUGGCCAUAGAAAGAACCAUAGUAGAAGGCUGUGAUAUAUUGCUAGAUACCAGCCAAACUUUUAUACGCCAAGGUUCGCUUAUUCAAGUCCCUUCUGUUGAGAGAGGAAAACUGAGCAAGGUUCGCCUGGGAUCAUUAUCUUUGAAGAAAGAAGGAGAAAGGCAAUGCUUCUUAUUUACAAAACAUUUUUUAAUUUGUACAAGAAGUUCAGGAGGAAAACUGCAUCUUCUGAAGACAGGAGGUGUUCUGUCUUUAAUAGAGUGCACACUGAUCGAAGAGACAGACACAAGUGAUGACGAUUCAAAAGGUUCUGGACAAGUGUUUGGACACCUUGAUUUCAAGCUUGUAGUUGAACCUGCAGAUGCUCCUCCAUUUACCGUUGUUCUUUUAGCCCCAUCACGACAAGAGAAAGCUGCAUGGACAAGUGACAUAAGUCAGUGCAUUGAUAAUAUAAGAUGCAAUGGCUUAAUGACCAUAGUGUUUGAGGAAAAUUCUAAAGUCACAGUGCCACAUAUGAUCAAAUCUGAUGCUCGUCUUCAUAGAGAUGACAUUGAUAUCUGCUUCAGCAAAACACUGAAUUCCUGCAAAGUACCCCAAAUCCGUUAUGCAAGCGUUGAGCGCCUUUUGGAGCGGCUAACCGAUCUGAGAUUUCUAAGUAUUGAUUUCCUCAACACUUUCCUACACACUUACCGAAUAUUUACUACUGCAGCUGUUGUACUGGAAAAACUUUCAGACAUAUAUCGACGGCCUUUCACUUCCAUUCCUGUCAGAUCUUUGGAAUUAUUCUUUGCUACCAGCCAAAACAACAGAGGAGAGUAUCUGGCAGAUGGGAAGUCACCACACCUUUGUCGCAAGUUUUCUUCUCCCCCUCCUUUGUCACUCUCCAGAACUUCCUCACCUGUCAGAACCCGAAAAUUGUCAUUGACUUCACCACUCAAUUCAAGGAUUGGUGCCCUUGACCUCUCUACUUCAUCUGUGGCAAGCAGUCCUACCUCGAGCUACAGCCCUGCUACCUCCCCACCCCCAACAGGUAGCAAAGUACCACUGGACCUUAGCAAAGGGCCCUCAUCUCCUGAGCAAAGCCCUGGCUCCAUUGAGGACAGCUUGGAGAACCCACGCAUUGACCUCUGCAACAAGCUGAGGAGAAGCAUUCGAAGAGCAGCAGUUUUAGAAUCUGUGUCAGUGGACCGAACAAUUCCUGAAAGCACAUCAGCAGUGGACACCACAGAGCUUUCCCCAUGUAGAUCGCCUUCAACACCACGUCAUCUUCGCUAUCGUCAACCAGGAGUACAAACUGCUGACAACAGCCACUGUUCAGUAUCUCCUGCUUCUGCCUUUGCUAUUGCUACAGCUGCAGCUGGGCACGGGAGUCCACCAGGGUUUAACAAUUCUGAACGCAUGUGUGACAAAGAGUUCAUCAUACGCAGAGCAGCCACGAAUCGCGUCCUAAAUGUCUUGCGCCACUGGGUCUCCAAGCAUUCUCAGGAUUUUGAGCUGAACAAUGAGCUGAAAAUGAACGUGUUAAAUUUGUUGGAAGAAGUUUUAAGAGACCCUGACCUUCUGCCACAAGAAAGGAAAGCUACAGCAAAUAUACUGAGGGCUCUUUCUCAGGAUGAUCAAGAUGAUGCCCAUUUAAAAAUAGAGGACAUCAUUCAGAUGUCAGAUUGUCCAAAACCGGAGUGCUUUGAGACUUUGUCAGCCAUGGAGCUUGCAGAGCAAAUAACUCUUCUAGAUCAUGUAGUUUUCCGAAGCAUACCCUAUGAGGAGUUUCUUGGGCAGGGAUGGAUGAAAGUGGAUAAAAAUGAGAGAACACCAUAUAUUAUGAAAACUAGCCAACAUUUUAAUGAUAUGAGUAACCUUGUUGCCUCCCAAAUCAUGAACUAUGCUGAUGUCAGCUCCCGGGCUAACUCCAUUGAAAAGUGGGUAGCAGUAGCAGAUAUUUGCCGAUGUAUGCACAAUUAUAAUGGUGUGUUAGAAAUCACCUCAGCCUUGAACAGAAGUGCAAUCUACAGACUUAAAAAAACUUGGAGUAAAGUAUCCAAACAGACAAAAGCUCUCAUGGACAAGCUUCAGAAGACUAUAUCAUCCGAAGGAAGAUUUAAAAACCUUAGAGAAACACUCAAGAAUUGUAACCCACCUGCAGUUCCCUACCUUGGAAUGUACCUGACAGACCUGGCAUUUAUAGAAGAAGGAACACCAAACUUCACUGAGGAAGGCCUUGUUAAUUUUUCCAAAAUGAGAAUGAUUUCACAUAUUAUCAGGGAAAUACGCCAGUUCCAGCAGACCUCCUACCGCAUAGAGCACCAGCAGAAGGUCACUCACUAUUUACUUGACAAGACCCUCAUCAUAGAUGAAGAUACCUUGUAUGAACUGUCUCUAAAGAUUGAACCCAGGCUCCCUGCCUGAAGAGCCAGCUUUGCCUCAGAGUCUACAGAAAACUUUAGUACAAUGAACAGAAUCAUGCAUACCAAGUCCUAAAGACAGCAAGUGAAACUGAGAAGAAUGCAAGCAAUCUCCUAUCUUUUCUGAUAGGAGAUACAGAACCUCACAUUUCCCUUUCAGGCAAUGAAAACAAUCACUGGAAGUGGAAGACGAAGAUGUUUCCUACCUGGAUUAAGUGAUUGCUGCUUUGUGAAGACAAUAUUUUGCAGUAGAGACUAUGCACUUAAUGGACAAUAAGAGACCUUCCUGUGAAUGGGUACUUAUUGUAGCUAUCUUAUGUGACAACUAAAGGGGGCAGAUUUAAAUGAUGGUAAUACACUCGGGUACAUUAAGAUAAAAUAAGCAAAAUGAGGUGACUGUGAUGUGGUCUGGGUUGAUGGCUGACUUAGGUUUUAGAUGUUCAGUGAGGCAGUAAUGGUAGUAUCGUCCUCAUAGUGGUGUUAACUUCAUUGGAAAAAAAAAACAACAAACAAGAUCUUAACAGUAAUUCUACUAUCUUGGAGUGACACUAAGGUAGCACCCAGUAUUUUCAGAUCUCCAGUUGUUCAAAACACUUGCUAUACAUUUAAUGCUACUCUUUGUAAAAUGUUACCUUCUUUAAAUGCCUUGUCAGCCUUUCCUAAGGUGACAGAUUUUACCUAUAAAUUAAUUGUAAAUAUUCUUUCAUGUAAACACAGUGAGAGUAUGGAAAGCAACACAGUUGAACAGCUGUAAAUAGCUGUCAGUCUUGCAAACUUCAGCUGUGAAACACAAGGUUAGGGGCUAUACCUGAGGCUUGAGAGAUCCAGACAUACAGUGAAUGGGAUGGUUAGCCAUGGUGCACGCAGCCCUGGAAAAGGCACUUUAUUUUAAUGCACCUCCUGCAGCUUCUAUGACAAGUCAGGCUACAGAGCACUUUGCAGACACAUUGUGGAGAGAAGUAUCUGUCUGGUCAGGCAGUGGGUGUGAUCAGCAAUGGACAGCACUAGUUGGAAUGGCAAUUCUGCCCUGCAUGGAAUCGACGGUUUGUAAAAUGUCUAAUUUUGUGUUCAGCCACUUUGAAGUGACUUAUCUCUAGCACUGUUCAUAUCAGUGGCAAACUCUGAAUGCCAGAAAACACAAACCGUUAUCUUUUUAUCUUAGUAACUAUCAUUUACAUAUGGGCAUAUGUUUCAGAAAAUGUACUGCUUGUAAAUGCUUUCAAAGCCUAUGCUUUUCUGACAUACCAGGUAGAGUGAUGUCAUUUCUACAGCUAGUUGGUACUUCCUGAUUUUUCCUGAUCAACAGUGGCCUGUUGUAGCUGCAUGGAAAGUGAGCUCAAAUGCAUGCUGUAAAGUGCAUCAUAGUGUAAAAUGCAGGUGUUAGCACCGUUGAAAACAAAUUGGCUGGAAAAGUGUCCUUACUUUUCCAAUGAUACUCAGCCAGUUGAAGAAAUAGGGCUAUAUCACUGUAUACCUCCCUUAAGUCCUCUCAGGGAGACAGAGCUUCAGAUAGAUUGUGACCUACGCCUAUUUGAUCUGUUAUUUCUUAUCACAGUCAUUGUGUCUCUUAACGCUGGCAAUGAAAAACAGAUCUGCCUAGCUUGUGGUUUUUGUCUUUAUUUGCACUUUAAUUAUAUUGCUGGCCCAGCACAGAGCUGCACAAUAAAUUCCAUUCAUUCUGUCUGAGUGUAGCUGCUAGCAUUUAUAAAAGUACCUUAGCAACUGUAAAUAUCAUUGAGGUUCUUCACCACAAGGACCAUCUCUUUGUAAAUAACUGCAUGAGGAAACGUCACAAUUACUGGAAAAGUUCCUCAGCUAGGAAAGCAGACAGCAACAGGAAAGGAAAUGUUUCAAAUAGUUCUAGCUAAUGAUUGCUGUAGAAAUUAACAUGGAAAUGUUACUUACAGAAGCUUUUCAUUGUCAAAUAUGUGUUUAUUCUUUUACCAAUGACUGAGAGGAAGGUGAUUGCAUCCCAAUGCAAGGUAUGGAAAGGGAAAAAAAAAAAAAAAAAAAAAAAAAAAAAAAAAAAAAAAGCAUGGUUUAUUUGGACCACAAAACAACUUACUGUGCAUUUUGUGUACAUAAGCAGUAGUUUCACAGAACACUUUGAAAUAAUGAAGAAAUGGGGAGGAAGCGGUCCCAAAAAUUACUCCUUCCUUUGAUUUUAUUGUUUCUCUGUUAACAAGGAAAAUGUGUAACUACUGUCAACAUCAAAUGGAAUCUCUGCUGUAUGCUAUUAAAUGCUGCUUUAUCUGCCUGUACCCCCCGUUACCAAACUCCUUUGAAGUUCUUGGUGUCACAGGGUACGAGUCUUCAUCUUACUCUUCUCACAGUUCCUUGUUUUGUACUUUAUGUGUGUAUAUCAGGUCUUCAGAUUUUUCAGAACAUUCAAUGCAUUUGAAAACUUGCAGCAGGUAGGGGUGGUGCUGUGCUUAUGCUACAAGUCAUUACCAACGGCCAGAGAGCAAGGCAAAGGAUUAGACACAAGGACUUUUUCAAAGGUGCUGAGCAUCCAUAUCUUAAAAUCAGAGGACAAUGUGGUAGUUCAGACCUUCUUGAAAAGUAUACACUGUUUAUAUGCCAAAAGUCACUCCUUGGGUCAGGGGCACAAUGUAGAUUAGAAUCAAUAGAGCAAACACAUGCUCAGUUUGUAUUCAGACAACGAGAACAACAAAAAAAAUGGUCACAGCAACGUUUGAUUUGAUGAUGACUAAUAUUAAUCUUUUUGGUUGGGGUUACAAUGCAUUCAUUGAAAUACAGGAGGUGGCUGCUCGAAGAAGUGAGGGUACAUCCUGAUAUCCACAGCCCUAGCCAGUGUUGCAACCCUAACCAAAGCUGGAAACAGCUGUUUUGCAGAAAUCCUACACAGAAAGCGUGAAGUGGCGUGUCUGCCCAGCAGUUGGGCUGUGUACUUCAUAUGUAAGUGGCCUGAGUGCCUGUGCUACAGUAAUGAAAUGGUGUUUGAGCUAUGGCAAUAGUAUGUAGUCAGCAGCAACCUAUUUAAUGUGAGGCUUUGCCUGGUACAUCUCUAUAACCAGCUAUUGCAGUGAUCUCCCUGUACAGAGCACAGAGAUUGUAGAGCGCCUUGCUACCAGCUACUCUGUGCUAGUCUGCCAUAGCCGUAUAAAAUAGAGGGAUAGAAAUCCCCAUCAUAAAACACCAGGUUUGCCCCUUGGUGUUUUAGGGAGGAUGUCUCCAAGCGAGGACUCUGCCACUUGGAUCUUGCUGUCUUUGAGGAUCUUGCCCAUUAGAGCUUUUAUGCUGUGGAAGCAAGGCAGACUUGCUUUCCUGCAGUUGGAGCUGAAAAAGUUCAGCUGAUUUAGGAUUCCUAAGAAAGAGAAGGGCUGAAGCUCCUACCUACUUGCCUUUCUUAGCUUCAGCCCUGCUGCUACAACAGCAGAUCUCACACUGACUCUCCGGACAAAAACACCUUAGGGUGUGCAGGCUGGCUAGCUGCAAUGGGGAUAGCAUAUUUCACCCACUAGUUCACCAGUGGGCAUAUCUGCCAGCAGAGUCCGAGGGACGUUUUGCAGUAAUUUUUUUACUGCUUUGGCAGCAGCCUGGAUUCAGCCUGCAGUUAUGUGGGAACCUGGGCAGCAUCACAGACACGUGCCCUUCCCUGUGACAGAGAGCACUUGGCACACGCUGAUAGGGGGUUAGAGUUGCCUUCACCCCAGCCUUCACUUCCUAUCAUCCCUCUCUUUCCCCCGCUGCAUUCACCAGUAUUGUUAGUGUUGGAGCCCAUGAUUAGUCAUCAUGUGGAAGAAAGCAUAGUUCACUUCAAUUUACAGUGGCAGUAAGUGUAUAUUCUGUCCUUUUGGUUCAGCUAGUCCUGUAACACAAACAUGUAGCUUAAUAGUGAGAGAUGAUACAGGGGCUGAUCACCCUUAAGGGUGACCUAUUAAAAGUAAGGAAGAGGUCUCCAUUCUCUUUCUGCUUAGUUAUUAAUACUGAUUAUUGUUUUGUAGGAUAAAAAUGAACUCAACUUAUUUAAAGUAUUUAUUAACUUUAACCAUGCUGACUUUGAUUUCAGGACAUGUUCAUUAUCCCAAGUUUUCUUUGAUAAUCACUAUUUAUUUUAAGGGUUUUAAAAAUCAUUGUUUUAUUUGUAUUGAUAUUUAGUCUUUCCUCCUUUCACCCUUAACAGCACCAUUAAAUUUAGAUAUAUUAUUUAAAAUUCUCACCAAUAGAGACAUUUUUUUUCCCACACAUAAUUGUUACUCAUUAAGGGCAAAAUCCUUCAGACCUCAUUCUGAUAAUACCUUAGGCUUCACUGAGAGCUUUUCAUAGUAAGUAUCUGGGGAUCUGGCUCUCAGCUAUUUGCCUGUUAUUUUUUUGCCUCUAAAGGUCAAAUGUUUCUGUGUAGGAUGCUUUGUGUCCAAUACGCUGCGGAACUAUGGUUGUUUUUGUUGUAUAUUUACUUUUGAUAUGGUCUCUGAAGUUUUGUUCUUUAGUAGAAUCGAUGUGUGUUUAUUUGACAGAUGUACCUAAUAUCUAACAUGUUACUUAGUGCGCAAUCCAGAUGCUUUUGCAUGUAUUGUAAUUUAUCUUUUGAUCUGAGGUUAUUGCUUUGUGUUGUUAGUAAGGCAUAUCAGGCAGGUUGUUGCCUAUAUGCUAAUUAAACAUUCUUUUCAUUCCCUGAGUUUCAAGAGUUGUUAUCAGUACCUGUGUGGGUUUUUUUUUAACCCCUUAAUGGUGAAUAAUUAAAUUUACUCCUUCAAAAA